UGGCUCUUGGUCGCGCGAGAGUGGCUCUUGGUGGUGCCAGAGUGGCUCUUGGUUGUGCCAGAGUGGUUGUUGGUGGUGCCUGAGUGGCUGUUGUUGGCGCCAGAGUGGUUGUUGGUGGUGCCAGAUUGGUUGUUGAUGGUGCCAGAGUGGCUCUUGGUGGUGCCAGAGUGGUUGUUGGUGGUGCCAGAGUGGUUGUUGGUGGUGCCAGAGUGGUUGUUGGUGGUGCCAGAGUGGUUGUUAGUGGUGCCAGAGUGGGUGUUGAUGGUGCCAGAGUGGUUGUUGGUGGUGCUAGAGUGGCUUUUGGUGGUGCUUGAGUGGCUGUUGGUGGUGCCAGAGUGGUUGUUAGUAGUCCAGAGUGGUUACUGGGACUCCACUCUGACGUACUCUACAUACUGGGUACUUGGCUCUGACGUACUCUACAUGCUGGGACUUGGCUCUGACGUACUCUACAUGUUGGGACUUGGCUCUGACGUACUCUACAUGCUGGAACUUGGCUCUGACGUACUCUACAUGCUGGGACUUGGCUCUGAGUACUCUACAUACUGGGACUUGACUCUGACGUACUUUACAUGCUAG